GUUAUAUUUAUGUUUUAUUUAUUUAUUAAAUAAUCUAUUAUUAUUAUAUCAGUUACUUUCAUAGAUAAGAAAAUUCCAAGUUAUAUUAUCAAACACAAGCAAUUCAAAUGAAUAUAGCAAAGAAAAUGGCAGCCAAAUUCAAAUUAGCUUUGGUUCAACUGCAUGUCACAGCAGAUAAAAAGAGUAAUGUGGAAAGAGCUUUGAAGUUGAUUGAAACUGCAAAGUGCAAUGGUGCAAAAUUAGUCGCUUUACCAGAAUGUUUUAAUUCUCCUUAUGGCACAGUCACUUAUUGUGCUGAUAUCGGCAUUGUUAUGAUUCACUCAACUUAG